AAAAAGACAAAUUCCCUCGGGUGAUCCUAUAAAAUAAAAAUCUUCAUUUCAUAACUUUUGUCUCUCUUUACCUUCCUUAGUGCGUUCCCUCUCACCCUUUCUCUCUCCUACCACUUUUGCUUCCGUUCCAGAUCUACCCGGUGGGAGUUUAUUGGAAAUGGGACGUGGUGUCAGCAGUGGAGGUGGUCAGAGUUCAUUGGGCUACUUGUUUGGAAGUGGAGAGGCACCUAAACCUGCUGCUAAUAAUCCGCCUGCAAACGCUAUUGCAGAACCGGCUGGAAAUGAUGCAGCAAAGACUGUCACGAAUUCUCAGCCUGGUGAGUUCAAGAAGGUUCCCGCUGGAGUAAAUAGUAACAUAAACAACUACCACCGUGCUGAUGGUCAAAACACUGGCAAUUUCAUCACGGAUCGACCCUCAACUAAGGUUCAUGCUGCCCCUGGUGGCGGAUCGUCUUUAGGUUAUCUUUUUGGUGGUGCUAGUAGCAAGUAAAACUUAAUUGGCCACCAUUUCCAUUUCAAUUAUAGUGAUAUCUAAGUGUUGAAUUGGUUCUUAUAUGGUUGUAUUGCUAUUCUUUUCUGUUAUCAAUGCAAAAACUUGUGGAUUAUUAUGUAAUGAAACCUGCAGAUGUGGUUGUUUUCUGAGAAUUUCUUUUCAGAACUGAACCUUUAUGCGUCAAGGAAUCACUGUUCUUGGUGACCCAGAAACAAUGUUUUUCUGUCAGAUUUCUCUACAUUUCUGUUGGAAACUUCACAACU